UUCUCUAGGAAACAUAUGGAGUACAUGUACUACACAUAUAUGCAUGCAUGUAAUAUAAAGAGGACUGAGGAUAUCAGUGUCGUGUGCAAUCUGCCAGACCACGCCGGACUAUCCGUGUCGUCAGGAACGUGAUCUAUUGUUAAUAUUUUAAAAUGUCAGAGGAAGAAGGUUUUGCAACAAAAGCUAUUCAUGCUGGACAAGAUCCAUUACAAUGGACACAUUGUUCAGUAGUACCUCCUAUUGUAAUGUCUACAACUUUCCGUCAAGAUGGGCCUGGACAACAUAGAGGUUACGAUUAUACCAGAAGUGGAAAUCCUACAAGAGAUGUUUUAGAAACUUGUUUAGCUACUUUAGAAAAUGGAAAACAUGGAUUUGCAUUUUCAUCUGGUUUAGGUGCUACAUCAGUAUUAUGUUCAUUAUUAAAAACAGGAGAUCAUAUACUAUCUGGAAAUGAUAUUUAUGGUGGAACAAAUCGUUAUUUUCAAAGAUGUUUAAUUACACAUGGUGUUGAAGUAACUUUUGUGGAUGGAACUGAUAUACACAAGAUUACAACUGCCAUUAAAGCAAAUACAAAAAUGCUUUGGUUGGAGACGCCUACAAAUCCUUUACUUAAAGUUAUUGAUCUCAAAGCUGUAUGUGAGAUAAUGAAAACUAAAUAUCCCGAGAUUAUUGUAGUUGUAGACAAUACUUUUCUAACAUGCUGUUUUCAGAAACCUUUAGAAUUUGGUGCAGAUAUUGUACUGUAUUCUUUAACAAAAUACAUGAAUGGACAUGCAGAUGUGUGCAUGGGUGCAGCAAUAACUAGAAGAGAUGAUAUUGCAGAAAGACUUCGAUUUUUACAAAAUGCUCUAGGUAUUGUGCCAUCACCUUUUGACUGUUCUUUGGUUAAUCGCAGUCUAAAAACAUUAGAACUCAGAAUGCAGCAACAUAUGAAGAAUGGAUUAGCAGUUGCAAAAUAUUUAGACUCACAUCCUUUUGUAGAGAAAGUAAUUCAUCCAUAUUUUCCAUCACAUCCACAACAAGAAAUUAGUCUUAAACAAACUACUGGCCACAGUGGAAUGGUUUCAUUCUAUCUUAAAGGAGAUUCUAGAAAAUUUUUACGAUCAUUGAAGAUCUUUACAUUAGCAGAAUCGCUCGGUGGUUUUGAAUCCCUUGCCGAAUUACCAUCCGUCAUGACACACGCCUCCGUUCCUGAAGAAAUGAGAGCCGAAUUGGGUAUUACUGAUCAAUUAAUUCGUUUAUCUGUUGGCCUUGAAACAGAACGCGACCUUUUAGCUGACCUUGAUCAAGCUCUUAAAGCUUGUCAAAUUCAUUAAAAUAACAAAAUUUGAUACUACAAAAUUAUUAAAUUUUAACGAAGAUUUAGAUAUUGUUAUCCAAAUGAUAACAUUCCAAAAUGAUUGUAUGGAUAUGUAAAAAAGAGAUCUGGAUCAUACAUACAAUACAGUUCCUUUAUACAUAGA